CAAGGAAAGAUAGGUGCUUUCCGCUGAAGCGCUCUCUCUCUCUCUCUCUCUCUCUCUCCUCUCUCUACUUCACUUAUUCUCGCACUAGAAAUCAAUGGCGGUGGCGGCGGCGGCGGCGAUGAACGGAUUUCCUCAGGCGUAUCUGGCCGGGAAGGAGGUGAAGGAGACGCGGUCGCUGCUAUCGGAGCUUUGCCGCCAUUUCUACGGCCUCGGUUGGGUUUCAGGGACUGGUGGAAGCAUCACGAUCAAGGUCCACGAUGACUCCAUUCCUAAAUCUCAGCAGAUCAUCGUCAUGUCUCCUUCAGGUGUUCAAAAGGAGAGGAUGCAGCCAGAAGAUAUGUACAUCUUGUCUGCGAAUGGGUCGAUCAUAUCUUCACCAUCUCCCAAGCCAUACCCAAAUAAGCCUCCCAAGUGCACUGAUUGUGCUUCUCUCUUCAUGAAGAAAAAAGCGCAGAACAGACGGCUUUCUUUGGGGAAAAGGUCGCAAAAACUUGGUUACAAGGCAUAUGAGAUGCGAAAUGCUGGAGCUGUUAUCCACAGUCAUGGCAUGGAAUCUUGUCUUGUGACAAUGCUUAAUCCACAAGCCAAAGAAUUCCGUAUAACGCACAUGGAGAUGAUAAAAGGGAUACAAGGUCAUGGAUAUUAUGAUGAACUUGUUGUCCCAAUAAUAGAGAACACGGCUUAUGAGAAUGAACUUACAGAUUCACUUGCUAAAGCGAUAGAAGCCUAUCCGAAAGCAACAGCUGUACUGGUGCGCAAUCACGGAAUUUACAUCUGGGGUGAUUCUUGGAUCAGCGCUAAGACACAGGCUGAAUGUUAUCAUUAUCUUUUCGAUGCUGCCAUCAAGCUUCAUCAACUAGGUCUGGAUUAUUCUACGCCUGAUCAUGGACCGAUCAAGAAAGCCAAAGUUUCACAAAAUCCAAGCUACACAAACUUGUCUGUGAAAGCCGGAACUAAAGAUUCACAAAAUCAAACUGAACCACCACCGCGAUGCAUUGUCCUUGACAUAGGGGGGACGACAACUCCCAUAACUUUUGUCACGGAUGUGCUCGUUCCCUAUGCCCGUGAUAAUGUCGGGAAGCAUUUAUAUGCAACAUACGAUACUGCUGAAACUCAGGAGGAUAUUAGGUUAUUGCGCUUUCAAGUUGAAGAAGAUCUCCGACAGGGUGUUAGUGGCGCUGUUCCAAUCCCUCCUGCUGAUUCAGGAAAAGAAGAGGUCAUUUCCGCCGUUGUCUCUAAUGUGGAGGCAAUGAUACGAGCUGACAGAAAGAUCACCGCUUUAAAGGAAUUGCAAGGUCACAUAUGGCGAACAGGGUUCGAGGUUAAUGAACUGAAGUCAGCUGUUUUUGAGGAUGUACCUGAAGCUCUGGAGAAGUGGCAUUCUUCGGGAAUUAAGGUUUACAUUUAUUCCAGCGGCAGCAGAUUAGCGCAAAGACUUCUCUUCGGGAACACAAACUACGGAGACCUAAGGAAGUAUCUAUCCGGGUUUUUCGACACUACAAUCGGAAACAAAAAAGAAACUCGGAGUUACAAAGAAAUCACAGAAUCGCUCGGAGUCGAUAAGCCCUCGGAGAUAUUAUUUGUCACCGAUGUCUACCAAGAAGCGACUGCUGCCAAAGCUGCUGGGCUCGAGGCGAUAAUAUCUGUUCGCCCCGGAAAUGCUCCCCUCCCCGAGAAUCACGGGUUCGAAACAGUCACUUCCUUCUCGCAGAUCUAAAAGGUUUUUAUUCUGUAUUCACCUUUGUACUCUUCUUUCACCACUCCUUACUUCUGUAAUGUUUGAGCACAGUAACCGACCAGCUUCUUCAUGAAUAAACUAGGAAAGCUUCAAACUUUAUAUACCCUUUUAGCUAAAACAUGAGCUUUGCUUCACCAAAAGCAUUAUGCUUUUGAUUGAGAGUUAUAUAAUGUUUCAAAUC